ACCUACAGAUUGACAAUUACUUUGAACGUAACUUUAGAAAUGGAGCAGAACUCAUUGAGCACCAGAUCAUCUCAAACUUUUUUUUUAACAUGGCGAUGAGUUCACUGUACUCUAUUUCCUCUGAAGUCACCAGCGCAGUCCAACAAAGCACUGCUAGGAAUGGUUUGAAUGGGAGAAACCUGUCAUAGCUGACAAGCCUCUGUGUGAUGUCAUGUUAGUGUGGACCCAAAUCCAAUAGGAAUGUUUCGAGCCACUUGUUGAAUCUGUGCCACGGAAGGAUAAGGCAGUGUUGACGGUAAGAGGUCCAACCUGGUGUUGAUAGGGUGGUGAGUGUGAAUGGAUAGAGAAAUAUACACGAAAGAUAAUAAGUAAAAAUGCAAAACUUAAAACACAGAAUCAGCGAUGUUCAGGAUUUAUUGUGGGCACCGUGAUUAGAAAGAGGUACAUGUGGAGGAAUGAGUGAUCCGUGGUCACCACAGCACGAUGUGCUUUAUUAGCAAAGAAUCAUACAACAUGUCUAAGAGGAGGGUUGCUCGUACCACACCGUCCCCAAAGUCAUCAGGAGGCGCCUUCUCCUCACUGCUCAGUCUUCUUCAGCUGUAGUUGUCAAUCAACUCAAGCAGCUGAUGCACUGCAGCUCUGAACAUGUGCAUUUGCGGCCUGCACUCAUUAUACCCCUCCCCCUGGUGUUCACACAGCUUUAAAAAAAAACAAACACGUUUUCAUGCUGUUACUAUGUUUACAGAAGAUGAUAACGUUUCCCAGUGCUGUAGAGCCAGAUUACUGUACUUGUGGCGUCUGGUGAAGGACAGGUGAAUGGCUAAAAAGAAAAAGGUAAAGCGGAUCAUGUUACAAGCAGUGGCUUCACCUGACAACAAGCUUCUUUGUGUCUCAUGCAGGUCUCCAAACAGGGUCGUUUAGAGACCCUUCCUCCACCCUGUGACUCCAGAUAUUUAUAGAGGAGUCGUCUGUCAGUGAAGCCAUGCUCCUGGUCUGUGUGUCGCUCUAUUUCUGACUAUUGCUGCAUACCCCCUCAGUCAGUCUUGCCCAGUCUGUGCGACUGUGAGUGUGUGACAGGGGGACUCUCAUUUUGGCUCGCUGGAUUUGCCAUUAAACAUCUGGAGCCUUUAGCUGCUUCUCUACAGUUUUGGAAGAUUGUUCUUCUCCCUCUGUGCACACGCACAUUGCCACAAUCACAUCUUGCUGACAGACGCGUGACCCUCCACCUCCACAGCCACCUCACUCCCCUUAACCCUCUCCCUACUGUGAAACCAUGGCACUGUCCUCACGCUUAAAACUCUGGGAGAAGAAGAUAAAGGAGGAAAACAAGCCAAUUGUCACAACGGUACCACAUCCGCCUCUGUCAGUUCUUCCAGGUGGUUUCCUCAAGCAGCUCGUCAGAGAUUCAGAGAAAGAGACCAAACAUAAAGAGCCAGAGGUCAAAGAAGAAAGGCCACCAAACAAACUGAGUGACAACCUGGUGCAACAGUUUCUACUCCCAGAUCAGACUCCUCCAAUCCUCGAGGCAGAAAUGUCCCUGCGGACAGAGCAAUUCAGCGACAACAGCGACAACAGCCAACCUCAAGGACGCAACUCAGCACAGCCAGAUGGCAGGUCCUCAUCUCAGUGCCACAUAGUGACUCCUGACUCCAGGGGUAAACCUGAAACCAGACCAGACGUAACACCAGAGCCCCCAAAGCAGAAGCUGCAACAGUGGGACAGAAGGACUGAAAAGAAGAGCAAAAAUAUGGAGGAGCAUACAAAGAAGGAGAGGAUAGAGGAAUUUGGGCAAGGGAAGGAGAAAGAGAAGGGGAUGGAGGAGAGGCAGGAGCCAGAGGGAAUGCAAACAGAGACAACUGUGACAGAGAAUGCCAGGAAGGAGGUUAGGGAUGUGUGGUAUGAAGCUGGAACUGUGUGGUACGUCGACAAGGAUGAUUUCAUCCGUGCUACUCAGCUGAAGCCAGACGAAGGCACACCAGAGCUGUCCGAGGGCCGGGUGAGGGUCCGGCUUGAGACGGACGGCUCAGUGCAUGAUGUCUCCGAGUAUGAAGUUGAGAAGUGUAAUCCACCAGAGCUCGACCUGUGUGAGGAUCUGAGUGACCUGCAGAGCGUGAAUGAAUGUGGAGCUCUGCACACUCUGACCAGUCGAGCUAAAGCAAAUCUUCCACUGACACAUGCAGGACCAAACCUGGUCAACUUCUGGCCUCCGUUACAGAGCCACAGCAAGACCCCAAAGUCACGGCGAGGGGAGUCUGUGUGGGAUGCUCCUCCUGCCCUGGCUGCCCUGGUCAAACGUGUCUACAUGUCUAUGGUUGGCACCAGAAGGGAUCACAGUGUGUGUGCAUUGGGACGCAGCGGGACGGGCAAGACCACGGCAUGUCAGACCUUCACACAUGCUCUUAUCAAACAAGCUGGCACAGCAGGAGAGAACAUGAGUGUGGAGCGUGUUCAGGCUAUGUUCACUAUCCUGAGGUCUUUUGGCUGUGUGAGCUCUAAGCACAGUGAUGCGUCGUCUCGAUUUGCUAUGGUUUUCUCAUUGGAUUUUAACCAUGCUGGACAAGCUGCUGCUGGACACCUACAGACCUUGAUGUUGGACAAAUGGAAAGUGUGCCAGAAAAUUCAGGGAGAAAGUAACUUCCUGGUCUUCUCUCAGAUGCUGGCAGGACUCAGCGCAGAGACGAGGAUCGAACUGCAGCUACACCAGCUCUCUGAAUUCAACUCCUUUGGUAUUGUUCAUCCCGCCAAGGUGGAGGAGAAACAGCGUGCAUCCAUUGCUUUCACAAAGCUGCUGAGUGCCAUGGAAACACUGGGCUUCUCACCCGGCGAGCAGAAGGCGAUAUGGCAUGUUCUGGCUGGUAUUUACCAUCUGGGAGCUGCUGGGGCCUGUAAAGUGGGCAGGAGGCAGUUUAUGAACUUUGACAGUGCUCAGAGGGCAAGCAGUGUGCUUGGAUGUGAAGGUGAUGAUCUGCACACAGCAGUUUUCAAACAUCACCUUCAACAGCUUCUGCAGAGGGCCACCGGGGGCAGCAGAGAGAGGAGCGGUGCCGCAGAAUCGGAGGAAGGUCCGAGGCUAACAGCUGCUCAGUGCCUCAAUGGAAUGGCUGCUGGACUUUAUGAAGAGCUCUUCACUGCCAUCGUGUCACUCAUCAACAGGGCGCUGAGCAGUCAGCAGCUGAUGCUAGCCUCUGUGAUGGUGGUGGACACGCCAGGCCUGAGGAACCCACGACACUCAGCAGAGGAGAGAGGAGCCAGCUGGUCCGAGUUCUGCCACAAUUACCUACAAGAGAGGCUGCUGGAGCAUUACCAUUCACAUACGUUCACACAUACACUCGAGAGAUACGCUCAGGAGAAGAUCCACGUGGAGUUUGAAUGUCCAGAGACCAGCCCGGCCGAGGUGGUCUCUGCCAUUGACCAGCCACCUCCACAGGUCCGCGCAGCAGAUGAAGACCGCAGAGGUCUUUUAUGGGUUCUGGAUGAGGAGAUGGUGACGCCAGCCUCUUGUGAAAACAGGGCCGUGGAAAGAGUGUGCCAGUAUUACAGCAACAUGGUGCGACAGUGUGAGCAGCUGCUGCAGUGUGAGGUGAAGCACCUGAUGGGGUCUGAUCCUGUCCGAUACGAUCUGGCUGGAUGGUUCAGCCUCAUCCAGAACAACCCAUCUGCUCUGAACACCAUCUGUCUGCUCCAAAACUCCACUGUAGGGGUUGUGAAAGCCAUGUUCACCCCAAGAAUUUCUCUGCCCCCCCUGUGUCGGGCUCUGGGGGGACUAGAGGGUGGCAGCCAGCGCUCUUUGCAGAGGAAUGGCACCAUCAGGAAGACAUUCAGUGGGGGAAUGGCAGCGAUACGCAGACACUCUCAGUGUAUUGCAGUAAAACUCCAGGCAGAUGCUCUUAUCAAUCUGAUCCGUCGAGCCAGGCCAGUGUUUCUGCAGUGUGUCAGUGCAAAGACUGACAAUGGAAGUUUUGACAUCCCAGCCCUCAGGGUGCAACUGCACUCCACACAGAUCCUGUCAGCUCUGCAGCUAUACCGCAUAGGUUAUUCAGAGCACAUGACUCUGGGGGAUUUCAGGUGUCAUUUCCAGGCUCUCGCUCCUUCAGUCAUGAAACGUUACGCUUCAGUGUUUGUCAGCCACGAUGAGAGAAAGGCAGUGGAAGAGCUGCUGGUUGAAUUGGAUGUGGAUAAAAAGAGCAUCCUCGUGGGUGCCAGCCGGGAAAUGAAGGUUGAAGAGCUCAGCACUGUCAGACAGGCAUUACAGGCGGACCUGGAGACGUCCAUCCGGCGCAUCGUUGAUCUUCAGGCUGCCCUAGAGGAAGUAGAAUCGAGUGAUGACAGCGACACUGAAAGUGUUCACACUGCUGUGGAGUCCUUUACUCAAAAGAAAGACCUUGACUCUGUGUCCAGUGUCGGCUCUGUUGGGGGAGAAGGCAUUCACACAUGGUCAGGAGUGUCUAGAGGAGGCUCCCGCGGUGGAAGCUCACUUCACAGCAGCCAGGGGGGCCGUCAGUCUGUUGCUGACACCAUCAGCACCUACAGCUUACAUUCUUGUGUGAAUCCUGAUGAUGAGGGCUCUGAGGCUGGAGGCGUUGCUAGCAGAUCUCUUGGUCGAGCCCCAUCCUCCACAGCUCUGUCUGAAUUGUUGGAAGGACUUCGUAAACGCAGAGCUGGCGGUGAUGCAGGAGAUGAAACUGGCAGUACUGUCUCUUUGGCAAUUUAUCAAACAACCGGCGCAUCGACUCUCAGACGGAGAGCCUCGGCCCUCUCUCUCAGUCCAGAAGAUGUCCAGGAGCCCAGACCUGGUCCCAGCAUCCUGAAACCAUCCUCCCCACUCCUGCCACGUUCUACCAAAACUCUCUCUGCAGCUGGAGGCAAAGUCUCUCGCUUUAACUCAGGUGAUUCUCUCUCAUCGCUUCCCUCAUUGCCGCACCUCUCCUCACUUGCUGCUCGUCAUCAUGCUCCUUCCGUCUCCAUCCCAGAGGAAGAGAAGUCGCUGCACUCUGUCACAACUCCCAUCCAGCGCUCCCCUCUGGCACCACGGCAGUGCAUGGUGGGGAGCCUCAUUCCAGAGGACGUAGGUGAAGGAUCCCUAGGUUCAGAACCCAUGGUCUUCCAAAAUCGGCGUCUGCCUUUGGACCGUGACGACGCGGCCUCAGACAUCUUGCCUGCAAUCAGGAGAGCUCAGUCAACCAGCAGCCUGGCCAGCUCAGUCAGAGGAGGUAGGAGAGCACUAAGCGUCCACUUUGGAGAGCUGCCUCCCUCGAGCCACAGCAGGAAAAGCUCUGAAUCGGAGUCCUCUAGCUCAGGUGGAUCAGGACGAAGCUCCCAGGGUGGUGGGCCAAGACGCAGGUUUGAGAGGCCGCAGGGUGAGAGAUUGGAAGCAGAGGGCAGCGAGGGGGGAGACGUGGCUUCACUCAUGAAGAAAUACCUGAAAAAGGAGACUGACUGAAGCAGAUGUGCGGCAGUCUCAGCAGAGACCUUUGGAGAUGGCGAGUGUUCCUCCCACGGCAACACAGAAGCUUUUUGACUCUUCAUAUGGAAAUUCACAAGUCACCAAAAAUACAUUUGUUCAAUUUUUGAUCACUCAGUCUGUAUUUAAAGUAAGCAGUUUAUAUAUGAAUAAAGACAAUGAAAUGAACAGUUUGCUUUGUGACUUUACUCUUUGUGAGUCAUUUCUCCAAGAGAUUCCUUUUUUAAAAUUAUUAAAUUAUAUUGUUUUGGUCUUGUGUUGAAAAAUUCUAUCACAGAUGUGGAUGUGGUGCUUUGAAAAUCUUUCAAAAAAAAGGAGAGUUUGGUGCUGCACAACAAGUUGCAGUGGAAUUGUAAUUUCACUGUGGUGUGGUCCAGAACCACUGAAACCAACACAAGUGCUGUAUCGGGAAGACAAUUGACCUUCUGACACACGCUACCUUUUAAGUCCAUGCUUGGUAUUAACCCUGUGCUCUGCUUAGAAUUUUUUCUUCGCUCAGUGUAAAGCAAUGCAGCAUGUUUCCUGUCACUCCACUCUUAGAUUGCAAAGUGUUUUCUUCCUGUUUUUACUUUCUUGCUCCCACCUCAGACACAUAUAACCGGUAUGAUGCUGUGUGUAGUGAUAGCUUUUCGUUUACUUGGAUUUGAUGCUGUGUAAAUACCAUAGACCCUAUAUAAAAAUUGCGAUAACCCCCUUGACAAUGCCCAUUGCUUUCUUGGGUGGAGUGUUAUUGAUUAAUUCUUGCAAGGAUAAAGUUUUGUAUUUUUUCAUCAAAACACAUGAGUUAUAAAAAAUGAAUUUGUUCAGAGACGCACCGUGUUGGCUCUGAAUUUUCAUGAUGACUCAUAUAACAGGCACACUAUUUUAUUCAAGUUUUUCUUUAUUGAAACAUUGAAUAGUUAUUUUACUAAUAACCAUAGAUCUAACCACCUGCCAUUGUUCUUGCUAGUCUUUUUGCAAACACUAUUAAGCUUUGUAAAUAAAUAUAUAAACUUAUUAGACUAAAGGCUUAAAGGAAAUUGUGCAAGAAAUACUUGAGGUGCCACAACAGACAGGCAUUGAUGUGCGAUGUGUCCCUGUGAUUUCCAGGUCCAGGGCAGGAAAAAAGAGUUAAAUAAUUAAACGUAAUCUGCUGCUCAGCUGCUAAACUUAAACGGCAUCGUUAUUGACAGUUGAGACUCCCAAACUUAACACCUUGGCAUGAUCUGAAACUCAGAAACAUGGUAACUUGGACAUACUAGGGAACAUUAAGGCACAAGGAGCGUGCAUACAAAGCCAAAUGACAAUGACGUGACAGGAAACAGAGGAAGACUGAUGACUUAAAUACACAGGAUAAUGAGAGGAUGGGUAACAGGUGGAAACGGAGCUGGAACAAAUCUGACCAAUGGAACAGAGGAAGCAAAACUAAAUAUGAUGCACAUGAAACAAGGUGCUGUGAAAAUAAAUCAGGAAACACUAAGGGAACUAAACCAAAACCACAGAGAUAAGUGCAAUAAUCAGAAAACACAUAAAUGUAAGAAAACUAAACUAGGAAACAUAAUUCACUCUAGGAAUACUACAACAAUGAUUAACCAAGAUUCAAAAGUUCACAAACAAAAAACACUGAGUUAAAGACGCAAAAUCAUGAGUUAGACCCUUUAGAUUUACACAAAUUGACAACAACCUUACCCGUUUCAUAAGAUAAUAUUUCAUAUCAGACAAAUUAGCUACUUAUCGCCACAUUCUAGGUGAAAUGCUGAAACAACAGAAAAGUUCACUGACUUUAUAAACUCAACUGAUUAGAUUUGGUAGAACAAAGUACACACAUGAGAACACUCUUAGUUUCUCUUUUGACUCUUGAUACUCUGGAAAAGCAGUUCAAAUCUGGGCCA